AUUAGGUAAUUAUAUUUCUACCCAGAUGGGAAAUUUAUGUCAUGUUCUGGUCAAAUGAUGAAUCAGGUUGUCGGUAGGGUAGGGUCGGCUGGAUAAGAUUGUCGGAAUGGCAGCGAAAGAGGGAGGGAGUGAAGGGGAAGAGUUCGUUUACAGGAUUAGCACGGCCAAGGAGUGGGAAGAGUUGCAGAAAAAUGGGUCUAUUUUUGGCGGAGAGCUUGAUCAGUCCACUGGUUGCUUCCAUCUGAGCAAUCUCGAUCAGGGACGGCCAACGUUGCAGAAAUUUUUCAUGAAUGUGAAGGAGGAUUUGUAUCUUCUUCAAAUUGAUGCUAAGAAGCUUGGGGAUGGAUUGAUAUAUGAAUUGGUAGAUGGUGUCGACUGAUUCCCUCAUUUCUACGGUCCAUCUCGAAGCUUUUGCCCUCUUCCUUUAGAUGUUGUUACAAAAGCAGAGAAGCUCUCUCUAUCUGGAGGCCAGUACAGUUGUAGUCUGCUAAAUUAGAAUUGUCUCAACCACAAGAUCUCCAUUCUUUGUGGUGAAAGAAAUAAUGUUGAGUUGGCCAUGUAUGAUGUCUGCACUAGGGACUGCUGCAACUAUCUUUUGUCCAUACCAUGGUUUGUAUGAAUCUUAAAAAAUGUAUUGUAGCUGCUGUCCUUACAAAUUACAUGUGGUUGUAUUCAUCAUAUUACUUGAAAUAAAAGUUUCAUCACACG